GGCGGCGGCGGCGAAGAAGAGGCGGCAGCAGCCGCGGCCGGAACGCGCCCACGCUGGUGCCCACUGGCCAUGUGGGAUCUGGGCCACUGUGACCCGCGGCGUUGCACGGGGCGGCGGCUGGCGCGGAAGGGGCUGGUGCGCACGCUCCGCCUGGGGCAGCGCUUCGGGGGCCUCGUCCUGAGCCCCGCCGCCGUGCGCUUCCUCUCCCCCGCUGACAGGGAGGUUGUGGCCCAGAAUGGAGUUGCAGUGAUUGAUUGCUCUUGGGCAAAGCUGGACAAGACACCAUUUAGCAAGAUGAAGGGAAAUCAUCUCCGGCUGCUGCCCUACUUGAUAGCUGCAAAUCCAGUAAAUUAUGGACGGCCAUGCAAACUUACCUGUGUGGAAGCUUUUGCUGCUACCUUCUGCAUUGUAGGAUUCUCUGAUCUUGCCACAAUUCUUUUGCAAAAAUUUAAAUGGGGAAAAGUGUUUCUUGAUCUGAACAGAGAUCUCCUAGAGAAAUAUGCAGCAUGUAGCUGUGAAGAGGAAGUGUUAAGAGUUGAGAAUGAAUUUCUGGACCAUGCUCAAGAAAAAGAUGAAACAGACCCUUUUGAUGUUGAUUCAGGAAAGGAAUUUUCUGUACUCAACAGGCCUUGCAGAGCCACAGAAGCAGCUGCUGCAGAUGAGAGUUCCUCUGAUGAGGUGACCGAGAACAGUGACAGCAGCAGCGGUGAGGAGGACAUGAACGCAUCCUGUGCCGGAACCAGUAAGUCAGCUGUACGGAGGCAAGAAAGCAUUCUGAAAGGAAAGGAGUAUCACUGAAUUCAGUAACAGGGUUUUGCUCAGAACUAGGAUAGAACUUCAAAUCACAUUCUUCCAGUUUGAAAUACUGCAGUCAACCAGUUGGUAUUGUCCAUCAACUGAGCUGCUUGAUGAACUUCACUCAUACUCUGCUUAUCAAAUAGAUUUUACUACUGCAAUAUCCAUAUCCUUGUCUUAUUUUUUUACUUAGCAUCUCAACUAAUUAUUACUCUGAGAAUUGUUUUGAAAUGAUGGAAGAAAAAUUAGAAACGUUUUCCUCAUAUCUGGCAUCAUUACUUUCAGUUGUUUAAUUCUUAAUAUGUUGUGGAUGGAUAGUUGAUAAUAAAUGCUCUAAACCAGAAAGUACAG